AUGCUCCAGGAGGCCAACACGGCCUUCAAGAUCAGGGCCGUAGUGGAGGGCACCCUGCCCGAGUCGCUGCACAAGAUCCCCAUUGAGAAGCGCUUCACCAAGGCGUAUGUGCGGGAGAUCUGUCGCCAGGCAGAUGGCUUCCAGCCACACCUGGUGUCCCCGGAGCGCGGCAUCAAGCGGCUGGUGCAGGAGGCGAUGAUGCAAACCAGCCCGCACGUGCACCGCUUUGUGGACGAGAUACACCUGGUGCUCAUGGACACGGUGCGGGAGGCGGCGCGGCGGUCGGUGCUGACCGAGGCGGGCAUUUCCGACCAGGGCAAGGGCAUGGAGUUCCUGCGCCUCAAGGGCUUUGAGAACGCCGUCAUCCAGGCGGCCACGCGGGCGCUGGAGGAGUGGCGGGAGGAGGCGCACCAGGUGGCUGAGACGAUGGUGCAGAUGGAGUGCAACUACGUGACCCCCAGCUUCUUCCGGGAGCUGGAGCAGGAGUACCAGUCGGGGCUGAAGAGCGAGGACGAGGGGCUGGAGGGGGCGGCGGAGCCCGAGGACCGCAUGGCGCAGCUGGCGCGCGGCGUGCCCGCGGGCGAUGGCGGCGAGUCUGACGACGACAGCGAGGCGCCCGACACCGCCCGCUCCGCCAUCAGCCGCGAGUCACCGCCGGCCAAGCUGCCCCAGCUGCGCGACGACCUCAAGGCCGGGUGGCUGGAGAAGCGCAGCGGCGACAGCAGCAGCCUGAACGCGCUGCCGCUGGACAGCUGGAAGUGGCAGCGCCGCUGGUUUGUGCUAGCCAUGGAGUCGGGCUUCCUGUACUACUUCAAGAGCCCCGAGCAGAUGUCCACGCCCGGCCUGUCGCCCAAGGUGACCAUCAACCUGCGGGACUGUGUGGUGGAGGACUUUGACGCCGCCACCCAGCCCUCCCAGAAGCGCAGCACGCAGAAGCUGGACAACAAGGCCGGGUCGGUGUCGCUGCUCAUCCGCAUCUCCCACAAGAACCCUGCCAUGUCUGUGGCCAAGAACCACCACCAGAUUGUGGUGCGGGCGGGAGAUGCGGCCGAAAAGUACGAGUGGCUGGCGCGCCUGCGCAACGCGUCAGACUCGCGGGGAGGCGUGGGGCGCGCGCCCCUGCUCAGCGCCACCACGCAGCAGCUGCAGCAGGCGCAGGCGGGGCAGGGGCCGGCGCCGGGCGCCGCACCGCGCAGGGCCUCCGCUGGCGGCGCAGCACUGGAGCGGGGGCCGCCGCCCGAGCCGGAGAGGCCCAAGGGCUUCUUUGGGCGCACCAUGGAGAAGGUGUCCGACCGCUUUGGCGGCUUUGGUGGCAGCAAGCUGGGCAGCGUGACAGAGGUCAUCCGCUCCCGCGACCGCCUGCUGGACCAGCUGUACAACUACCUCAUGGCGCUGAAGCCGGUGGAGGUGGACGCCCUGCUGGCGGAGGACCCCACCCUGGUGAAGCGGCGCAACGCGGCGCAGCAGGCGUCCCGGGAGCUGGCGGAGGCGCAGGCGGAGGUGCGCAAGGUGCAGGAGGUGCGGGCGGCCACCACGCCACGCGACGACCCCACCGCGCUGCUGUCGGUGCGCGCGCUGCUGCUGGCGGGAGCCUUCCCGCUCAUCCCGCCGGACAAGGUGCCACGCGGCGUGAGCAACCCGGGCGCGCUGUACGGCGACUUCACCCCCGUCACCCUCAUGCAAGGCGUGGGGGAGGCGGGGCAGGCGGCGCUGCAGCUGGGCACGGCGGCGUUCAAGGCGGUGGGACGUGCGCUGGGGCGGGACAGCAGCAGCGGCGAGGGCGGCGGCAGCGCCACCGAAAACGGCGCGCACGCGCCCGACGGCGGCGGCAGGCCCGGCUCGGCGCCCCCGGUCGCGCCCUCGCCCACCGCCGCGGCCGGCGCGUCGGCGGGGGCCAAGCCGCGGCGGCAGGCGCCGCCACCGCCCCCCAAGGCCUGAGUGGCUGGGUGGGCCCCCUGUGUGCCACUCGCAUGCUUUGCCCUCGCUUGCCCCCCGCGCCUCGGCCCGCCAACGGCGUGCGGGCAUGUGCCUGUACCGCAGCAGCAGCCCCGCUCCUCGUUCCACUGAUCAUCGCCAAUUGUAAGGCAGCAGCUGGAU